AUGGAGAACUUACCUUUAGAAACCACUGAAAAUAUACUUUCUCGCUUGCCAAUGGUCUUAAAAAUACAAUCUAGAGAAGUAUGCAAAACAUGGCGAACUUUGGUACCUAAACCCAAUAUUGGUUUAAUCUACGGGGCUUUACAGGGAAACCCUGCUCUUCCAAACCCACUCUUCGGACACAGAAGAACCAAAGUUGAAGCACAAUUCUACUUUUCAGAACAGAAUACUAGUAAGGUUAAUGACCACACGGGAACAGUUACAAAGUUAAAACACAUAAUCUUGCCAUUAUCACCUUACUCCAAAAGUUUCAUGGUUGGUUCUUGUCACGGUUUAGUUUGUUAUGCCAGUUACUCCAGUUCAAGAGCACGUGAAAAAAAAAUCCAAGUCCCAAGAGUAUUGAAACCCUGGCCUUCAAAAAGAAAGACAAAAGAAAAAAGAAAAAUCUGUAUUUGCAAUCCUGUCACUGGAGAGCAAAUUCAAUGGAAGGAUGAUGCUUACGCAGAAGACGCGAUUGGAAUUGGUUACAAUCGUUCAAAUAACGAGUACAAAUUUGUUAGAAUUCUGCAGGAUAAAACCUUUCACGUGAAUACCCUCCGGAAUGGUACUGUGUGGAGAAACAAACCAAGUAAGAUAAAUGCAAAUGAAAUAUGCUUUAAACCCCGAUUGGAUGCUUUACCAUCAGUGGGUGUUUUAGCAAGUGGAGCUCUUCACUGGAUGGAUAAGUCUGCGACUGUAGUAGCUUUUGAUUUGAAACAUGAGACAUUUAAAUUGCUCCCACCAAUACCUUCUGCAGUCUGGGACGGUAAUGUGGAUCUCAUGGUAUUGAGAGGGAAUUUGUGUGUUCUACAAGUACUUCCCAGUAAACAUUUCAGGAUAUGGCAGUUGGAGAAUAGGAAGACUGUCAAAUAUACACAGAAACAUUCCCGUUGGUUUAUGAAGUUUAGUAUAGCAUGGGAAGACUGGAGGUGGUUAGAGCGAGUUGCGCUGCCAAAGAGCGACAAGUAUUUCUUGUGGUACAAUGCUAUUCUCUCUUGUUAUGACCCUGAAACUAAGACUUUGAAAAAGCUAGAGGAGACUUUGAAAACUUAA